AUUUAUUGUCGGUGAUGGUAGCUACUGAUGUAACCACAGACGUCCUGGGGCGGACUACCGAUGGUCGGGACCCGCUAACCAUCUAACACAGUCUCAGAGCGCCGGUUUUUCUUCUUUCGCAGACCGCCGGUGUUCCUUCCUCUCAACCGGCGGUUCCUCUUUCUCAGAGUUUUUUUUUUUCUGUCAGAGCGUCGCCUUUUUCUCUCUCUCGGACCGGCGGCGUUCUCCUAAAAACUACAUUAAAAACAGUAUAGUCAAUGACCACGGAUCUGUCUAGUAUUAAUAACUAUUCAUCUCUGAGGUUUGGUGUAUGUAGCUACACAUUUUACUGAGACUGGUUGGUUCAUUUCACUCUGGUUGAUGUAGAAAAUGUUCUUACUUUCUUUCCCGAUCUUCUCUUUUUGUACUACGUCAGAAUGUUUUGUAUUUUUGUUUUUGAUUGAUUAAUCUAUUGAUUUAUUAAAAAGGGCCAGACAAAAUAAGUUUUUCUUCUUUCUGUCCCCUUUUAAUUUUUUUAUUUCCAUCCUGUUUGAGUUUACAAAUCAAGGUUAUAUUGUAUUUUCUUCUCAUCAAUGAAUAAAAAGGAAAUGAAUGAAUAAAAUACAGUAGAAGGACAUAGAAACGGAUCCAUCAGAGGAAAACAUCUCAUGUUGUCUCUUCUUCUGUGGUUGUUCUCCUCAAACACUGUAAAUGUUUCACUAAACUUAAAACUUUCUUUUGUUUUUUCUUCAGAUGAUUUAAAAGUGCUCUGCCCUCCAAUGCCGGUCCAAACAGAACCGGGUCAGAACGUGGUUCUGUCUUGUCGAGUAGAACCUCAGAUUAACCUGACAGGUCAGACCGUGGAAUGGACACGUGGGACAGAUGUUGUCGUGCACAGAUACCGGAGUCAGGGGGACGACAAGACGGACCAACACCAGAGGUUCAAUAACAGAACCGUCCUGAUCCACCAGAACCUGGAGGAUGGAAACGUUUCCCUCAGACUGAACAACGUCACCAAAGAGGAUGAAGGAAUCUACAGAAUCUGUCUGCCGAACUAUGUCAGAUGUUCAAACAUCACCCUGAUAGUUGUUCCACAGAGAGACAAGAAAACAAACAACCGUCCAGGAUCUGCUCUGAGUCCUGGUGUCAUCGCUGCCAUUGUUCUUGGGGUUCUUGGUGUUGUUGGAGUUUUUGGGGUUCUGGCUGUUUUAUUUUGUAGACGAACCAGAAGUGAUCUCCAGACAGAUUCUGCUUCUAUCGCUCUGAGGAACAUGAGGAGAACUGGACCUUCUCAACCGUCAGAUGAAGGCGGGGCUAACCCUGGACAGGUCGCCACUCCUUUAAUGAAGGAGGAAACAAAGUCAUGGUGGAGAUGUUCCAGAUUAAUGACAGAGAAGUAGCAGCUGGAUGAAGAUGGUUGCUGCUCUGCGGUUGUUCUCUGAACUUUUUAGAUCAGAUCUGAUUUCUAUCAAGAUAACUUAUUGGAUUUAAACUGAGAAUGAACAUGAAUGUCUUUGUAAGUUAUAUUUAUAUUAUCAGGAGGAUCUAUUGAGAACAUUUGUUUAACUUUCA